UUCAGACACCUUCUCGACCAGAUUUGUUACCCAGAAUUCCUUGCGCUCGCCCUUUUCCGCCAUCUUUGUUGCCGUAUUGAGCAGAUUUCCUGCACGGGAAGCCGAAAUAAAAGACUUCACAAUGCCUGGAAGGUUGUGGUGCAAGGCAAUCUUUGCUGGAUAUAAGCGUGGUCUGAGGAACCAACGUGAGCACACAGCACUGCUCAAGGUAGAGGGUGUGUACAGCCGCGAUGAAGUGGAUUUCUACCUGGGGAAACGUUGCGCCUAUGUUUACAAGGCAAAAAAAACCACAGUCACCCCAGGUGGGAAGCCCAAUAAGACUCGUGUUAUCUGGGGUAAAGUCAUGCGUGCUCAUGGUAACAGUGGCAUGGUGCGUGCUAAGUUCACAAGCAACCUGCCACCCAAGGCCAUCGGUCACAGAAUACGCGUGAUGCUGUACCCUUCCCGAGUGUGAGGAGAGUUCUAAAGUUUAAUUAUAAUUAAGGAUCAUUAAAUAUAAUUAUAAUUAA